UGACGCAAUGCGUCUGACGCAGUGUACUGCUAUCAAGCUUAUCCAAUGGAUACGUUUCCUAAAGUGCGUCAGCAGCUUUGCGGCGGCCGUCAACCGCUAGAGCCGCAUGGACCGCCCGGCUGUUGAGCAGUAUAGACGCAGCCGCACGCGCGUUCGUAUAAUAUAUAUACGUAUAAUAUAUAUAUAAUAUAUUACUAUACUUCAUUUUUCGUAUACUUUCACCAUGUCGAAAAUACUUUUUUCUGUCAUCGAAGACGAAAAGCUUGUGGAGAUGGUAGCCAAAUUCGAUUGCCUAUACGAUUUGGCUAGUCCGCUCUACAAAAAUCAACUAAUCAAGGAUAAUGCUUGGAGAGAAAUAGCUGAACAAAUCAACAGAUCAGUGGAAGAUUGUAAAAAAAGAUGGAGAAAUAUUAAGGACACGUACCAAAAAAGAGUAAGAAAAGGAAAUGGAACUGGAUCAUCAGCUUUAAGCAAGCCUAAGCAUUGGCCAUUAGCCGAUAUGCUGACGUUCCUUGGGAAAGCUGAUUAUAAGCGCAACAUAUCAAAUAUUGAGUGUGAUGAGGAAGCUGGAAACGAAGGUACAGAAAUAAACGAAGAUUCGCAAGAGCCAGUGGAAAUUAAUAACCGAUCAAUUUGUUCAACCAGUGAAAGUUUAAAUGAAGACCCAACUCAAGAAACGUUUAAGUCGCAAGGUCCACCUAAAAAUAAACGUCUAAAACAGAACGAAAGAUUUAUACAGCUUUUAGAAGAAAGGCGUAAUGAAAGAAAAGAUAUCGUGCGAAACAUGGUUCAAAAUCAUGAAGAUGAGGUCGAUGUAUUUUUUAAAAGUAUCGCGAUGUCCGUCAAAAAACUUAGUCCAACAUUGAUUAAUGAGGCAAAAAUGAAGUCACUACAAAUGGUUUUUGAUUUAGAAGCACGUAAUGCAUUUGUCAAUAUACCGCAUUAUUCACCGACGCCAAGCACAGAAAGUUUCUCAUCGCAGUCAUUGCAAAGUGUAAACAUAAAUAACUUUGAUUCCCAUUAUGAGCCAAAUUACGAAAAAUUGUAAUUUUUAUAUUAUUUAACGACGUGGACAUAUUUAUAUUGAUUUAUAAUUGAUUAAAAAUAAAUAAUAUCAUAUUAUAUAUAUAUAAUUAUA